CAUUAGACAGCAAUGGGAAACCGGAGGUCGAGCAGAGAGGAAGUAUAGCAAGCCAUUAUGACCCUGGCUUUUGUCAAGAUCUUUUUCGUGGCUUUCUGUCUGCCCUCCGUAGAACCCCUCACAAUUUACUGGCCGUUUCCUACAUUGCCUGCCUCGAUUACUAGCACGCCUGGUCGAUAUUAUGAAAGCACUGAACCACAGCCGGAAUAUCAACAAAACGGCCAAGAAGCUGAAGUUGGUCAUAAGGACAACCAAGGUUUGAGAGGCCAAAAAGGCAACGAAGGUCAACCUGGAACGAAAGGAGUAAAAGGAGACAAAGGUGAACGUGGCCCUACAGGUACUAAAGGCGCAAGAGGUCCUGGAGGAGCCCCAGGUGUAAUAGGCCCUCAAGGCCUUCCAGGACGAUUUGGACAACAAGGCCCACCAGGCAAUACUGGAUAUGAAGGUCCAGAAGGACCGCAUGGUGUACCGGGCCCACGUGGCCCAACAGGCAAAAUGGGAAGCAAAGGAAUACAGGGCAUCAAGGGAGCGAGAGGAUUUUCUGGUUUGUCUGGACAUCAUGGAAAUCACGGUCCACCUGGAUAUAAAGGAAGAGAAGGAAGAAAAGGAGUAAAGGGAAUAAAGGGAGAUACGGGGCUUGCAGGCCACAAGGGGGAGCAAGGACGACAAGGAAUACCUGGAGCUAUCGCCAACGAAGAACGUCUUGAAACACAUCUUGGAAAUUAUCUUGAAGCAUAUUUGACGAAAAAGAUGAACGCACGUUUUGCGAAACUAACUCAAUCACUAAAUAAUCAUCCUGCUGCUCAUUUGUACGGAAAUAACUUCCAUGGUAAUAGACUUACAUGGAUGAGAGGAAGAUUUGGUGGAUUUGUAGACAACGGAAUGAGCUACAAUGAUGGAUAUUUAAUUGUUCCUAAAAAGGGAUUGUAUUACAUCUAUGCUCAAGUCAAGUGCGACCCUGUACCUAAAACCUAUUGGUGCGGAUUCUCCUUCAGAAUAAAUGAUUCUGAGAUUUCUCAGCAGUUCAUCUCACAACAUCGUAUUGCACAAGACGUUCUCUAUUAUAAUGUACCUGAAGCUGGUUUGCUGAGAAAGCUAAACAAAGGCGAUCGCAUUUCAGUCACUAAACGUGGUUCAGCUCAAAUAUUUGGUCAAGAUCAUCAAACGUAUUUUGGUUGUUAUGCCAUAUCAACGUUCGACUCCUAAUUCACUCAUUAUGAGCAAGCGAAUGGACCUCAAUUUCAGCAGCCUAAAUGAGAAUGUGUAGUCCAGUCAAGUGUUUGCGUCGCUCGUGUUAGGCUGCUGUGCAAUGUCCUGUAUUUCGUAAGUAAAGUGUAGCUUACUCUGUGUCUAUGUAAGUUCAAUGUGAUGAAUGUGUUCAUUAUAU